GUCGAGAACCCGACGAAGCGAGCGAGAACUUCAUACACUUCCGCCCAGUUGGUGGAAUUAGAGAAGGAAUUUCACUUCAACCGGUACUUGUGCAAGCCUAGAAGAUUAGAGAUGGCCGCUGAGCUGGAUUUGACAGAGAGACAAAUUAAAAUUUGGUUUCAAAAUCGACGAAUGAAGUUUAAGAAAGCAGUGCAAUCCGGGAAGUCAUCGCCGAGCACAGGGCUCGUCAACAGCAACAGUCCCCAACCAGCUUCU